AUGUUCCAUGUAUGCGCUAGCGGCCUGGACGAAGGACAGGAGGCGAACUUCAGCGGCGGUCUUGUAGAGAUAGCAGCUCUGACUGCUGUAAUUGGGGGUUCGACUGCUGAAUUGAUUGCUUUGGGGAAUCGCGGCGCUUGCGGUUUGCCAUGGGCAGCUUUGAGCUCCUUUGGGUCGAUCUUUAUUGUUAAAGCAUGCAUAUCCGCUUGCACACCAGGAUGGCUUCGAGAUACCGUCGGUGUGAGGACUAGUGGGUCUGACAAGGCCGUUGGGUGUUGCAUGAAGCUAAGUAGGAAGGCAAACAGUCCCGUAGUCACUGGCAGUGCUGUUGGAGUGACGGUGAAAUGGACCAAGAACAGCGAGGGUUCUACGUUGAUAGCCACUGGAAGCGAAGAUUUCGAAGACGUUUACGCUUUCGAUGAAUGGACGGCUGGCCCAUUGCGAUCUUGUGCAGUAGCCCAACCCGGAGAGCAUCUGCAAGCCCACGUCUACAUGCGAGAUCAUUACUGGGAGAUUGCGCAACGCUCGCAAACCAGGGACGACUGGAUCGUUACGUUCGCAACCUUGCUGAAGGUCGUGGAGAUGUAUUUGCUCUACUACUUCGGUUCUCGACGAGUCUUCCUGGUCACAGGAGCCAUCUGGGCGUACACAUUCCUCUCAGCGAUCAUUUUGCAGUGGUUUCACGUCGGAAGGGCUACAACGGCCGGUGAGCAGCCAACAAAUUUCGACGUUGUGUCGGGAUCGCUGCCUACACCUCAAGUCAUCGGAGGCGAGCGGAGGGUUCUCUUCGGGGUACCUGUCAACCUUCGCAAAGGUCGCGCGUGGCAAGUUUUCUGGAUCUUAGGCGCCGUCGUUUGCGUCACUUCUCUCCUCGGUACAUAUGCCAUUCUUUCCAACGAGCCGACCAUUUGUUUCCGGAUCUGGCUUGGUUUCCAAGUAAUUUGGCUUGCGCUUCGAUCGAUCUUCUUCCACUUUGCUCAGCAGGUAGACGAUAUGAAGCAUAUCAUUACACCGACCAUUACGGAUGAGAACCGACCACCGGAGUCAAGCCUGCGGCUCUUGGGACUAGCGAUUGGUGUCUCGAAGCAUCAGAUUCUGAAUCAUCCCCGCGGUGUGCUUAGCUAUGCGAACGACGCACAAGAUCCCGUGGUCAUCAGGAAACUUUUGAGCGACGCGAAUCUGGAAUAUACCAAACACUUUGAGCUUCCAACGCGCGGAAAUCCCGGACUCGAGUUCAACAUCUCUGUCGUCGCAGUCAUCGGCGACACGUUGCUCUCGAGUGUCGCAUGGCUUAUGGGAUCGCCGCUCACCGGGAUGGACCUCUACGAUUCGUGCAUUUUGGCUGUUCGCGUCUCCGGCACGACUCAACUGAUACCGUCUUGUCGAGUGCUUUCCGGUCGCAUCACCAGCGAACAAGUCCCGGAUCCCGAGACGACGUUGCCUUCCAACUUCCGACCCAAAGGCGCAGCAAACGAGGGCCACAACAUUAGCUGGCGGUACUGGAUACCAUGCGACGGGAAGAAAUGGCUGUGGUACAGCACCCCAUGGGCGACGACCACGAAGGACGACUUGGGUAUCACGGGUACGAGGAAGAUGACGGUCACGACGGGAGAUGGCAUAACCAAAGAGCUCUUGUCGGGGACGUUGCAAAUCAGUAUGAGCGACGUGCAGGCUGUCAAGGAUGCUGUCGCGCAGUCUGCGAAGGCAGCUACAAUACUUCGAAACAUGCUGAAAGAAGAUUUUACAACGUUCGGGAAGAGCGCAAAGUCGUAG